AAUCGUCGUGCGACAUUUUUAACGCUAUUGUUUUCAGCGCAGCCCGAGCUGAGUUUGAGGCGUUCAGGGCGUUCUCGUACUACUAUGGACUCAAAUGCCCCAGCCACUCCUUUCAACGUCAAGAUAUCUCCCCUCCCUUUUCACCGAUGCCAACUUCCUCGGGACCUCCGAGAUACCGAGACCUGGAUAGACUGACACCAUUGUCACUCUCCUCCAGCAUGGUAAUCAAGCCAGAGUCUCCUCCCGCACCGGCACGCAACUCCGGCCGCCACAAACCAUCGGAAGCCCCGCCCACGCGCACAAUCGAGAAGCGCCAUUACACGCAGUUACAUGCUGCAUUUACCGAACUACGGGAUAGUAUCCCUAGUAUGAGAGUUGCAAUGGCAAAGGAAGGAGAGGAGAAUGCAACGACGGAUCCGCAAGAAGGAACGCCUAAAACAAUAGUGGAUAAGGAGGCCAUUCUAUAUAGGGCGAUGGAGCAUAUUUCGCUGCUUGAAGAGAGAAAUAGAUCUCUCCUAGAAGAGCGCAUAGUACUGCAGUCGACAAUCGCUGCGUUCGAGAUGUUAUUUCCACGUUACUGAUCUUCCUAUAUAUGUUUUGCCGCGGACCGGGCUUGAUGAGGCAUCGAUAUGAUCGGUUUUCACGUGGAUGUCGCAGCGGGUACUGAGGGACCUCCAGGGCCGCCAGGCUAUUGGGGACCGCCUGGACAAGAGGGAGGGUCAAAGAGAACUCUUAUCAUCAAAAUUGUCAUAUUUCGUCAACGUAUUGUUAUAAAGUCUUGCGGCCUGAACGAUGACAGACCAAGCUUACCUCUUUGCCCA